GUACAACAGUAAAGUUAGUACCACGAUUAGAGUACUGAAUGUUAUAUAAUCAUUCGUGUAUCAAGACAAUUAUUAUCAGUUAAAAAUUGUUAUAUGGGUACUUAAUAUUUAUCGUAUAUAAUUAUUAUUGACAUUUAUCUGAAAACCACCAAUCAUUACCAUUAUAAUAUGUUCUAUUGUUGCUACCAAGUUCCGUUUAGUAUUUUAGUUUUUGGUAUCAACUAUCAUGGAUCAACACGUCAUAAUAAUAUGUCAUACAGUUAACCUAUAUUUUUAUUAAUUUUACAGUAGUACACAGCAAGUUAAAAGUUUCGAAUAACAAUGUUUAUAUCUUUUGAAAUAAUUUCAGAUAAAACCAAAGGUGAAUCUAGUCUUGAAUCCAAAUUAUGAACAAUACUCAAGAACUAUUAUGGACACACAACGUACGGGUUCAUAUUUUGAUAUUUUAUGAACUUAAACCACAACUAGAUCAAUGCUUCUCUUUCGGUGUUGGGGAAACUUAUCUUUCUAAGCUAUAAAAUGAAAAUAAGUCAAAUAUUAAUUAAUUUUACUGUUAUAAACUUUGCAUAUAUUAGUGAUAAACGAGCAUGAAUAACACUUUUAACAGCUAAACACGGCAUCAAUGCAAUAUUAAUUAUUAUGGGGGUUGUGAAGAAAAAUAAAACUGUGGUUAGGAAAAGCCCUAGGCAGCAUCAAUGCAAGUAUUGUUAUAAGAUUUUCCCAUUUCCCAAUGUGUUGAAAAAGCACUACAGGGUCCAUACUGGUGAACGACCGUAUGAGUGUGAUUUAUGUGGAAAUAGAUUUACACACCAAAAUACUCUAAAAAACCAUAAGAUGUGCAUUCACAAUUGUGGUCGGGAAGAAGAUUUUACUUGUGGUCAUUGUGACAAAAAGUUUCCGAUCAAGGAACGACUUAUUGAACAUGUGCGCAUUCAUACCGGAUAUUAUCCUCACAGAUGCGACAAAUGCUUAAAAUCCUUCACACGAGCCAGUCAACUUUGGCAACAUGCGCGUUCUCAUAACAAACAAUAUACACUAGAAUGUGCAAUAUGUCAUCAAUUAUUUGCUUGUCGUUCAGUUCUACGGGGCCAUAUGAAACGGCAUAUGGGACAAAAUGAUUAUGUAUGUGAAGUGUGUGGAAAAGCAUUUUUACGUAGGGAUGGUCUAACUAAACAUCUAUCUAGCUAUCAUAAUAAUAUCAGAGCAUUUACAUGUAAAAUUUGCCAUAAACAAUUUAAAGGACAUAUGAUACAACAUUUGAGGACACAUCGUCAUGAAAAGCCUUAUGAAUGUAAAAGUUGUGAUGCUCGUUUUGUACAACGUUCUCAACUGACAGUACAUGAGAGGAGACAUAGUGGGGAAAAACCUUAUCCAUGUCCAGUAUGUAAAGUAUCAUUUGCACAUUCAACAGCUAUGAAAAUGCAUGUGAGACGUCAUACUGGAGAAAAACCAUUUAAAUGUCUUGUUUGUACCAAUACAGCUUUUACACAAUUACCACAUUUAAAAAAACAUAUGUUAACCAUACACAAAACAGAUAAACCAUACUUAUGUGUUAAGUGUAAUUCAUAUUUCAAAACAAAAACUCAAAUAAUAACUCAUGAAGAAACAUGUUCGCCCAAACAAGAAACAAAAGAAUUUAUUCCUCCUGGUAUGGCCUUGGACCGAAUGCGGAUGUUAUUGGCAGUUUUACUGAUACGCAUAUCAACCACUGAACGCUUAAAUGCAUUAGGGUUUGGAAAAAGACUAAUUGAUUUGGUACUAUGUGAUUCUAUUGAAAAUUCUGGCCGUAGUCCUUACCGCGCUAACGGUCAAAGUGAAAAUGAUUUGUUGAAAAAGAAUAUUGAAAUAUUAUUAGACUGGACUGUCCCAAAAAUGUAUAUGGAUCGGUUUAAAAGUGAACGACGUACAACUGAAGAAAUUUUAGAGGAACUAACGUCAUGACUCUAAUGUAUAAAUAACAUGCCAAUUACUUGUUAGCUUUUCUAUAGAUAAAGAAAAAUUUGAGCCAUUAUCUAGAUAUAUUGGAAAAUUAUAUAAUAUACCUUAAAAUGGCCAAAAUGUACCUGAUAUUUGAAUCAGAUUGCAUAGUAUAAUUUAUAAGCUACUUGUUCUUCUACAACUAUCUUGCAACGCUCUAUUUAUAGCUCAAAACUGGUGGCGGUAAAUUUGAGUACUAAAUGUUAAAUAAUUCUGAAUAUUUAUUGUAAUAUAUGUUCAAAUUGAGGGAUGUUAAUUUUGUAUUAUAAAACAACUUAUAAGAGUAGUCAGUAGAACUUAUGACUUAUUAAGCUUUUUCAAUAGGUAAUGGAAAUAUUAACUUAUUAAUAUUAUAUUGGUGUUGGUUUUCACAAAUGAUAAUACUACAAUAAUGUACACCUCUCCCCUUGCUUUUUGCUGUAACUAAUUUAUUAUCAUGUGUAGUUUGAUUUCAGACAUAUAGUUAAAUUUAUUAUUUAUUCAAACCAAAAUGAAUUGUUUUUAGGUGUUGUUAACAACUUGGAUGCCAAAGUUUAGAAGUUAGUUCAUUUUUAAUUUUAAUUUUAUUUUUUUGAAAACUAAAGACUUAAGCGGAUUACCAAAGAAUAACAUUCUAGUCACACCAGAAGAAUGGUGAGAACCGCUACUUUAUCAUAACAAUCUAUUCAUACAUUUUACAUUAAUUUAAAUUUG